AGCUGCGUCACGCGAGCGCAAAUGACGCGCUGAAGGAGCGCAAGCGAAGAAAGAGCGAAAAAACCCGACGGUUACUACAUUGCUACCGAAACCGCAUCAACAUACAUGACAUUUUCUCUACGUUCCUAACAGUAUUUUAGAGAAAAUCCUCAACAGACGAACAAGACAGUAUAAGCCAGCAUAUCAGGAAUGGAUGUGAAAGAUCAAGGAGCGCAGAUGGAGCCGCUGCUUCCUGCGGUUCAGAGUCCUGCUAGUGAUAACAGGAGAAACGAUGAGGAAGCCGUGCUGGACAGAGGUGGGACUCGGUCUGUGCUCAAAACGAAUUUCGAGAAAGAGGAGCUGGAAGGCCACCGUACCCUCUACAUUGGGGUGCAUGUACCUCUGGGUCGGAGGUCACACAGACGGCAUCGUCACCAUGGACACCGCCACAGGAAGAGGUCACGGGAGAGAGACUCUGGAACCGAGGAUGGCAGAGAAUCCCCUUCAUACAACACGCCGUCUCAGCGUGUACAGUUCCUGCUGGGAAUGGAGGAUGACGAGGAACACAUUCCUCACGCUCUCUUCACCGAGCUGGACGAAAUCUGCCUGAAAGAGGGAGAGGAUGCAGAAUGGAAAGAGACGGCCAGGUUGGAUUUUCACAAUCUGUAUAUGGUUUUGGACCAGCACGAGAUGUCAUGUUCUUUAGGAGAGGAGGUGAGGAAGAAGAUUCGAAAUGCUCUCCUUAAACAGCACCACCAUCAGAACCAGAAGAAACUGGCUAACCGGAUCCCCAUCGUACGUUCUUUCGCAGAUAUCGGCAGGAAGCAGUCCGAACCGCACUCAAUGGAUAAGAAUGGUCAGAUGGUGUCUCCUCAGGCUCAGCCCACCACAACAGAAGGACGUGCGGAUGGCAGUCGUGAGAACAGUGCUGUUGACUUCAGCAAAAUAGACCUCCACUUCAUGAAGAAGAUCCCACCAGGAGCUGAGGCAUCCAACAUCUUGGUGGGUGAAUUGGAGUUUCUAGAAAAACCUGUGGUGGCCUUCAUCCGUUUGUCCCCUGCUGUGCUGCUCAACGGACUGGCAGAGGUCCCCAUUACCACCAGGUUUCUCUUCAUUCUGAUGGGGCCCUUGGGGAAAGGGCCUCAGUACCACGAGAUUGGCCGCUCUAUCGCCACGCUCAUGACAGACGAGGUGUUCCAUGAUGUGGCUUAUAAAGCAAAGGAUCGUUCUGACCUUGUGGCAGGGAUUGAUGAGUUUUUGGACCAGGUGACUGUGCUGCCACCAGGCGAGUGGGAUCCCACCAUCAGAAUAGAGCCGCCCAAAAGUGUUCCCUCACAGGAGAAACGGAAGGUUCCUCCUCUGGCCAAUGGAGGGGCUGAUCUGGGGGAGGCUGAGGAGCACGGAGGUCACGGAGGACCAGAGCUACAGCGCACAGGGAAGUUUUUUGGUGGUUUUAUUCUGGACAUCAAGCGUAAGGCUCCUCACUACCUGUCAGAUUACACAGAUGCCGUCAGUCUGCAGUGUCUCGCCUCCUUCCUUUUCCUGUACUGCGCCUGCAUGUCUCCCGUUAUCACCUUCGGAGGUCUGCUAGGAGAAGCUACGGAAGGACGCAUAAGUGCAAUAGAGUCUCUGUUUGGAGCCUCUAUGACAGGUAUAGCGUAUUCUUUGUUUGCUGGGCAGCCCCUCACUAUCCUGGGCAGCACAGGACCUGUCUUGGUCUUUGAGAAAAUCCUCUUCAAAUUCUGCAAAGACUAUGGUUUGUCCUACCUCUCCUUGCGUUUGUGUAUCGGUCUGUGGACAGCCUUUUUCUGUCUUCUGCUGGUUGCCACAGAUGCCAGCUCGCUGGUGUGUUACAUCACAAGAUUCACAGAGGAAGCCUUCGCUUCCCUCAUCUGCAUCAUCUUCAUCUACGAGGCUCUGGAGAAACUCAUUCAUCUGGGAGAGACGUACUCUUUCAACAUGCACAACGACCUCAACCAGCUCACUCAGUACUCGUGUGUGUGCACAAUGCCUAAAGAACCCAGCAAUGCCACACUUAAUUACUGGCAGGAAAAAAACGUCACUGAAUCUGAGAUUGACUGGUUAGGCCUAGAUGUAAAGGGCUGUGUGGAGAACAGGGGAGAGUUUGUAGGCAGGGCCUGUGGCCACCACGGGCCGUACAUCCCUGACGUCCUCUUCUGGUCUAUCAUUCUCUUCUUCUCCACGGUUGCCAUGUCCUCCUUCCUCAAGGAGUUCAAAACUAGCCGUUACUUCCCCACGAAGGUGAGGGCAGUUAUCAGCGAUUUUGCGGUUUUCAUCACCAUCAUGACCAUGGUUCUGAUCGACUAUGCUCUGGGGGUCCCUUCCCCCAAACUACAGGUUCCUAAUGAGUUCAAACCAACCAGAGAUGACCGUGGCUGGUUCAUCAGCCCAAUAGGUCCAAACCCAUGGUGGACCAUUAUUGUGGCCUUCAUCCCAGCUCUGCUAUGCACCAUCCUUAUCUUCAUGGACCAACAAAUCACUGCUGUUAUUAUUAACAGGAAGGAACACAAGCUGAAGAAAGGCUGUGGGUAUCAUCUGGACCUGUUUGUGGUGGGUGUGAUGCUGGGCGUGUGCUCUGUGAUGGGCCUGCCAUGGUUCGUAGCGGCGACGGUGCUGUCAAUCAGCCACGUGAACAGCCUGAAGCUGGAGUCCGAAUGCUCCGCACCUGGCGAACAGCCCAAGUUCUUGGGCAUCAGAGAGCAGCGCUUCACCGGCCUCAUGAUAUUCGUCCUGAUGGGCAGCUCAGUGUUUAUGACCUCCGUACUGAAGAAUAUCCCGAUGCCUGUGUUAUAUGGAGUUUUCCUCUAUAUGGGAGCAUCGUCUCUCAGGGGCAUACAGUUCUUGCAGGUCUUAGCCCUUUUGUUCAUCCGUAAGCUGUUGGAUUUUGUCUUUUGUAAGCGGGAUCUCAGCUGGCUUGAUGAUCUCAUGCCUGAGAGCAAGAAGAAAAAAAUGGAAGAUGCACAGCAAGAGGAGAAUCAGUGUGUCUUGAUGGAGGAUGAAGGAAUUGUACAAGUGCCCUUAGAGGGGCAUUGCAAGGACGAUCCUUCCACAGUCAACAUUUCAGAUGAAAUGACAAAGACGUCUUUUGGAAAUAUCUGGAAAGGCCUCAGCACUGACAGCACCAACAAAGAUCAAAGCUCAAAAAGGUUUGCAUUUAAUAUUCCCUCAGUACAUUCUCUCACACACACGACAAUCUUCGAACAUGUCACUUUAAUCUCACCACACACCUGCAAACAUUGCAUUAGGAUAAUACAAAUACAUAGUAUUUUAUGCUAA